GAAUUACCUUGGCCAAAUCUUGUUGUCGAGGUCGCAUAUUACCAAACAGAAGAAAAUAUAAUGACUAAGGUGCAAAAAUACUUGCUUUACAACGAUCGCGUUCAUGAUGUGAUCGUUGUUAAGAUUGAUCCAGUUCCUGUAGACCAAGUUCCUUCGCGUUUUAGAGCGUGGCAUUUUUGUGUAUCAUAUAGCAGAUUGGCAAACGGAAAUGUUCCAGCUAGAAACAUGUUCGAAUUUGGCACUCAUGAUGUGAAUGGCGGCCCUUUAAAUUUCGAGCAAGGCACAUGUGUUAUCAACAUUAAGUUAGACU